AUGUCCCAACCCGCUACAAUCCAGAUCCUCCCAACCGAGAUCCUACACCUAAUAGCCAAAAACCUCGAUGUCUUCAGUCUCAUCAAUCUCCAACAUUCAUGCCAGCGCUUCUGUGAAUCAAUACCAUCUCCUACACACAAGCAGUUAAUAGAAGCCGAGAAAAGCGGACUCGGAUUUCAAAAGGAGUUCUACGCCUGUCGUGAUUGUCUCAGAUUACGACCCCGAGCAAAGUUCGCCGAUACCAUGAUUAAACGGAAAAAGGCCAAAUGGGGACCUGGAGCUACGGACCGCUGGUGUGUCGACUGUGGUCUCCAUCCGCAGCCUGGUACUAAUCGGUACACUGUUGGUAAUCUGAUCCCGAUCAUGGGCGGGGUGUACAUUAUUUGCUUGCGAUGUGGGGAUUUUGGGGUUGCUGCUGUGGAAGAUGGGAAACCGGUCGAGACACCCCUGUGUGAGAUUUGCUGGAGGCCAAUUAGAGCAAGGUUGAGGGCUGAACAAGUUAGGCAGGAAAAGGCUCGACUUCGAGCUGAACAGGCUGAGCGGAGCGCUAGAAGGCGUGGGAUGGGGUACUCGGCUUCUUAUAGUGAUGAUGUAGUUCCGCCUAGUCCUACUUGGAGUGAGGAGUUUAUGGAUCUGGUUCAGGCCGAGGCUGAUUCGUAUAUGAACAGUCCUGGGCCUGGGUCUGAUUGA